AUGAAUGCUUCGAAAAUUCAACCUGACGGUUCUGUUGUUUUAGAGAUGUCAGGAACUGCUGGAUUACUACGAAAUCAUUCAAAAAUAAAUGGCACAGCGAGGAACAAAAUCAACCCCGAGUGUAACGACGUGUCUGGGGAAGACGCGUCCAAGAUGUCUGCAAUCAGGCAACUAUGGAAUGGUUUCGUGGAAAAUGCAACUCUUCAUGGUUUAUCUUAUGUGGUUACCGGUAAAUCGAGGAUUCGUCGCAUUCUCUGGGCUGUGUUUCUUUUGACGGCAAUUGCGUUUUUUUCAUAUCAGUCCAUCAGCAUGUUAAAGAAGUAUUUCAGCUUCCCAAACACCACAAAAGUCAGUUUGAAAUACGAUUCGAUGCCGGAUUUCCCAGCCGUGACUAUUUGCAACUUCAACAAGUACAGAAGUUCUGUUGUUAAAAAUUUGCCUUCGUUAGGACUGGGUGGAGCUACAUAUGAAAAUGUAGACUUCAGCACACUAACCAACUUAACACAAUUUUUAUUCGAUGCGGGACAUCAAAUCAAUGAUACUAUGCAUUCUUGUCUGUGGAACGGUAAACAGACCUGCGAUUACAGGAAUUUCACUCCAGUUUUGACCUCUAUGGGGCUUUGCUACACAUUUAAUUCAGGUAUGUUUUGGGAUUUCUUGAUCUUAGCAAGCCUUCUUUUUUUCUUUGAGAAUCUGCCAAGGUCUUCAUUAUUUAUGCAGAUGCUUUAUUUUCGAAGCAUCAGGGCUGUAAUUUGUGUUAUUUUGUUGUUGUUUUCAAGUCGAUCUAUAAUUACAACCGAGUGAUCUGGAACGUUUGCCAAGACGCAAAGAUUUAAUCCAUGUAGAUCACUGUUACGAUUACUGUUUGACGGAAAAAUUCAUGUUCGGUGAAAUUGUUUACUUUAAAUGAUUAUAAAUUAUUAAUAUGGAUAAGUUGAGGGACUUACGUACGUACGGAGGGACGGACCGACCAAUGGGUGGACGGAUUGAGUGAUUGAUUCUCAGAUUUUUCAGGGAAGGAUGGUCAAGGUGUUUUGAAGGUCAAUGAGGCAGGAGCAGACUCUGGACUUUCUUUGAUACUAAACGUACAACAAUAUGAAUAUUUUGGAAUUCAAGCAAUCAGCGCCGGCCUCAAGAUACGUGUUCAUCGUCAGAAUACUCUGCCUAUAGUUGGUCGGCUUGGAUUUUCUGUUGGUCCUGGCACAAGUGUAUUUGCAGGGAUACGAAAAAAGAGG